AUGGACGGGCUUAAAGCGGAAAAGAUUGCGCUCGCGCGCAAGAAACUCAAGGAAUUCGAGCAGAAGCGACGGGACAACGGCCAUUCGCCGACGCUCUCGGCGACGUCGAGCCAGCCGGUUGAUCAGACCGACUUCUCGCACGGCUACCACCACGCCGAACACCAGAAUGGCGGCCGCGCGUCGGCGGUGAGCAACUAUUCCGGACAUGUUCAUCAAGACGGCUACGGUCACCAGAAUGGCGUCGACGAGACGGUUGUGCAGAUUUCUGGCAACCCGACACCGUCUGCCUCUGCUGCUCAUCUCGAUUCGCAGAACCUCUUCUACGUGCUGCAGGAGCGCGACCAAACGAUUCAGCAGCUUUCCAAACAACUGGAGGAAUUGAACGGCUUCUAUUCCCAGCUGCACGCCGCCUACACCGAGCUGACGGCACAGCAGACGAACAAUGGCGCCGGCGCCGGGGUCACCGAGCAGAUUGCGCACUUACAGGCGGCUCUCUCCGGGCUUGUCGCCGAGAAAACUGGUUUGCAAGCCGAGCUGCGGCAGUCGCGCGAUGAACACGAGCAGAUUAAGAGGGAGCUGGAGAAAGUGCAGGCGGAGCUAAACCGAGCGCCGGCUGGCGGCGAUGUGUCCGAGCGUGAGCUGCAGCGCCUCAAGAAUGUCGUUGCCGAACGGGAUGAUUUGUGCGAGAAACUGGCCCAAGAAAUCGAAACCGAGCGCCGGGAGUCGGGCAAAUUCCAGUCGCAGAUCCUGACAAUCCAGCAGGACAAGAAUGAGGCACUGGCCCGGCUGAAGAACAUCAUCAAGGACCGCGACUCGAUUCAGGCCGAGCUGGCGAAGCUCCGAAAAGAGGCUCAGAUGAAGGACUUUCACCUGAAGCAAUAUGCCAUGCAUCAGUCGGGCGUUGGGGCCGAUGGAGGUCAGGGUCACGCCGACAUGGAAGCGCUUGAAAAAGAACAUGAAGCCCUUCGCUCCCAGCACCUCCAAACGUCCACCGAGCUCGGCGAGACCAAGGAGGAGCUGGCCGGCCUUCGCAGCCAGUACAACGAGAACGUCUCCCAUCUCAAGGAGACGGUUGAUCGGCUGAACAAGGAGCUCGAAUCCUCGCUGAACACCCGCUACGAGCUCGAGUCGCGCUUCUCGAAUUUGGAGAACGAGCUGGAGCUGGCCAAGCAGGAGACGAACAAGCUCAAGGAGGCUGAGCGCCAGAAAACGCCAAGUGUUGCUGGAGAACAGUCUCAGCCCGCCGCCCCCGCUGCUGGCCUCUCUGAAAACGACGUGCCGAAGCGGAUAGACGAUGCCGUCAGGAGGGUGACCUCUCAUUGGGAGCAGCUGCUCGAGCAGAACAGGAAGGAGAGCGAGGAGAUGAACAAGGAAAAGGAUCGUCUCCUCUACGAGCGCGAGUCGAUGAUCGCCGACCUGCAGCUGAAGCUCCGCCUAGCCGAAGAAAAUCGCCAAGUGUUCGGCGACGCGUCCACUGAACUCCUCUCUCUCUCCGAGCAGCUGCAAGCCGAAAAGGCCACCGUCUCCCGUGCCGUCGCCCAGAAUCGCGAGCUGAAGGAGCAGCUGAUUGCCACUGAGGAUCGUCUCAUCAAGCUCACCGAGGAGAAGUGCGUUGGAGAGCUGGCCCGCCAGACGGCCGAACAUCAGGCUCGCGAGCUCGAGCGACGUCUUGAGGGCAUUGGCUCCGGAUCGAGCUACGAAUCUACCCGUUCAACAUCUACUACCACAGCCACCUCGCAGACCGACGUCGUCACCUCACAACCCGCCUCCAUCAUCGAGCACGAGUCUGCCCUCCAUCAGCGGCUUCAGAAUGACCGCGACGAUGAGGACUCUGACUCCGACGGAAUCCCAAGCAACGAGACGAGCCUCCGGCAAGAGCUCGACGAGACGAGGAGGCAAUUGGAGGGAGCACGAGCCGAGCUGCGGAUAUCCAACUCGCAGAACGAGCAGAUGAACCAGAUUUUGCGGCAGAACGCCGAAGACGAGAACCAGAACAGCAUCCUCGUCGAGCUCAACCAGGCCAUCACGCGUGUCAAUGCGCUGGCGCAUGAGAAUGAGCUACUCAGGGAAGAAGUCGAAACUCUGGCCCAAAACGCCAAUCGGGCCCCGGUCCCUGCUCUCCCGACUCCACCCCCCAGCUCGGCCACCGACCUGGAAAUCGAGGCCGCGACGGCGCGAAUCCAUCAGCUGCGCAGCGAGAACGAGGACUUGCAAGAAAAAGUUCACCACCUCACCCGGCUUCUCAACGAGGCCGACAGCCAUCUGGAGAGCACGAGGAUUGACGAGAAUGGACCCGUGCAUUCCACCCCACCCGCCUCGCCUGUUCAUCACCAAAAUGGCGAGCACGAGGUGGUCGUCGGGUCGAAGGAGUGGGCCCGGGCCGAGCUGGAGAAGCGCUUUUCGGAGGCGAUGCGCCAGCUGGCCGAGAUGCAGGAGCGUUGUGAUCGUAUUGAACAUAUCAACCAGCAACUGCAGCUGGAGAACGAAACGAUUGCCGACCACGUCGUUUUGUAUCAGCAUCAGCGUCGCCUCAUCCGGGAACGCCUGCGGCUGAAGGACGAGCAGAUGGCCAACCUGGAAAAGGAGCGCGAACGGGUCGUCAGCAGGUGUAACGAGCUUCAACGGGCUCUCGUCCGCGUCCUUGACGAGGACAAGACCCCGAACCUUGAGCCCUUCCGGCCGCGCUCCUACAGCCACAGCACCGUCGACGAGUUCAGCGGCGACGAGGAGCACCUGGUGGAUGGGCAGAAGGAUGAGAUACCUACCCAAACUGAAGACUCUCCAACAGCCGCCGUCCAUUCUCGCGCUUCGCCCGUCGGCGCGAAACCUCCGAAAACUCUACGUGAAACCGAAGACAACCAACUUCCGGUGGAAUACACCAGUCGCGAGGACGCCGUCCGGCAAAUCAUGGAGAUUAUCAAUGAAAUUCAGGCUCCCGCCAUCCCGCUCUCCUCGGCCAAAAUGCAGUGCAAACAAUGUAUAGGACAAAUGCAACACUUG